AUGGCAAAUGGCAAGCGGCAGAGUCCUUCACCUCCCGCAAAGCCCCGGAAGACCCAAGAGCGUCAGGGACUGGUCCCUCCCGCCUCCGGACUCCUGAGUGGUGUGGUGGUGGGACUUAUCGAAGGUGGUCGGAGUCUCCAGCCGCCCUGGCCGGUGGAGAGGAGAGAGGAGAGACCCUCUCUCCAACUCUGA